CCCAUCCCACGCCUUCAUGUAUAAAUUGGCGUUCUUCCCCAAUUUCCCUCUCUCCAAGCAAACAAAUUCACAGACUAACAAAUGGGCGAGAAAGUAGAAGGUGCGAAGGACGGUGAGAAGAAGGCCGCCGAUGCCGGCCAGAAGAAGGACGACGGUGCGGUCACCGCCGUUUUUAAGAUCGAUAUGCAUUGUGAGGGCUGUGCUAAGAAAAUUAGACGAGUUGUGAAGCAUUUGAAUGGUGUGAGUGACGUGAAGGCCGACUCUGCAUCUAAUAAACUAACAGUUACUGGUAAAGUGGACCCUGCCGUAAUCAAAGAGAGCCUGGAGCAGAAGACCAAAAAGAAAGUUGAUCUCGUCUCUCCUCAGCCUAAGAAAGAUGGCGGUGGCGAUAAGAAGGCCGAUGAAAAGGCAGAGAAGAAGACCGACGAAAAAACAGAGAAAAAGCCGGAAGAAAAAUCCGAGAAGAAGCCUGACGAAAAGGCCGAGAAGAAGCCUGACGCAAAAGCCGAGAAGAAGCCUGACGAAAAAGCCAAGAAGCCUGAAGAGAAAAAAGCAGACGACAAAAAGCCAAAAGAGACUACUGUGGUUUUGAAGAUCCGAUUACACUGCGAAGGUUGCAUUCAAAAGAUCAGGAAGGCAAUCAUCAAAUACAAAGGAGUCGAUGCGGUUACGAUAGACAGCUCGAAGGAUCUGGUAACAGUGAAAGGCGCCAUAGAAGGAAAAGACCUCGCAGGCUCCCUCAAAAACAAGUUCAAGAGAUCCGUCGAAAUAGUUCCUCCUAAGAAAGAAGAACCGGAAAAAAACAAACCGGAGGCCGCCAAACUCGCCCCCAGCGGCGGCGAUGGCGGUGGAGCAAAAAUGGAGGUGAGCAGGAUGGAGUACCAUGGAUACGCAUAUCCGCCUUCAACAUUCUACUACGGCGGUCCAGCUUACUCUCACGGUUACGCCAUGGAAGCUCAGCCGAGCAAUCCAAUGCACGGAUUCGCAAAUUCGAGCGGCUAUGUAAACCAGAAUUAUGUACACGAAGGUAACGCGAUGCCGAUGUACGGGUACGAACACUCGCACGCGCCUCAGAUGUUCAGCGACGAGAAUCCAAAUGCUUGUUCCGUCAUGUGAGUAAACAUCCACGAAAGGUCCUUCAUCUCUGCUAUAGCCUAACGUAAUACAGUCUCUGUAAAUGAAUUAAAGCCCUAAAAAAACAAGAAGACGAAGAAGAGAAGAAGAAGAAUUAGAUUUUUUUUUUUUAAUUUUCCGAUAUGUCGGCCGGCCGGCCGGUCAGCUGCCGGCUCGUUAAUCCAAUUCAAUUCAUUGGGGGAGUUGGUCGUUCGUUUUUUAUUUUAUUGUAACUUUUGUUCGGUUCAAAUAUAUGACGUAAUAAUAGAGAUCUGUUAAAUAUUUUCUUAAA